AUGGCCGCCUGCGCGCGAUUUGUGGUGCUCGGCAGUCGAGGCGGCGCCACGAUCGCGAUGAUGGAAGGGGAAACGCUGAGCGGGAGGAGCGCGUUGGAUUUGCAUCUGGGGGGGAACCCCGCCGCCUCUGGCGCUGAUGCCGUCCUGCAGGUGGCGAUCGUGAGCGAAAUUCUCGUUUUAUGCACGUUGGCAAGUCGAAAAGUCAUCGGCGUGGCCACCCCAGCCUCAAAGGAGCUUUUGUAUCAUCAAAUAUUCGUCCUCGCGCCGCCGCAGCCGUUGGAGCGGCCGCUUGGCAACCCCGCCGGGUGGCGGUUAGCGGUGCCCUCGGGGGGUUUCACGAUCGGGGCGUUUUGGUGUGAAACGGAGCUCGUCUACCUCCACCUCCCCACCACCCUGGAGCACGCCAAAAGGCAACAGCGGCUUUAUGGAGCGCCCGGGGUGGCGGUGGCGGGUUCGAAUAGCUUAGAAACCACCCCGCUUGAAGGGGUGAAGGUGCUUCCUUUUCUUAAAGGCUCGCAGGAGGAUGGAGGAGAAGCCGGCACGGUCGGGGAUCGGGAGCCCCGCCCUCGUCAAGGAGGGGGUCCUUCCGAGGAAAUCAAGGGGGUUUCGGCGCUUCGAAGGGCAAACGUUUCCCCGAUCGACGCGUUUCGUUUUCCACGCCACCCGUUAGUCUUCGAUGCCACCCACACCCGCGCGAGUUGGGUGGACGUCAACGCCGUGGAAGGGCGAGGCGGGGGGGGAGCGCGGCCUGGCGUCUACGACUCCUCAUCCCAGGCGGUCGCUCUUGACGGGCAGCGUGUGAUGACGGUGUUAUCGCGCGCCUUACACAGUGAUCGCCUGGACGACGCGACGUGCCGCUAUAACAUGGAGAAGCUCCACGCGUAUUUGAACAAAUACGGCGUCUUCCCGUCCAAGUACCGCGCGGCGAUCUGGCGUUUUAUCUUAGGGUUGCCGAACAAGCGGCUCACCGCGCCGCAGUUCGCCUCGCUCGCGCGUCGUCCGCCGCAUGAGUGUGUGGCGGUUUUUUUAAAACCCUUCGGCCUCCCCCCUGGGCGGCUACGUCAUACCCUGGAGGGCGUUCUCUCCGCGCUCGCCCACCACGCCCCGGUCUUCGCGAUCGCGUCGUUUCUCCCCGCGAUGGUUUACCCUCUGAUUCGCGUCUACGAGGACGACGCCCAGUCGAUCCUGGAGGUGGUGCUGAGUUUCCUUUCGAAUUGGGGGCGUGAGUUCUUCGUUUGUUAUCCACAAGCCCCUAGCAUGCUUGGCGCCUUUCUCACGCGGCAGCUGGAGAAGCGCGAUCGCGAGCUUGCCGGGCAUUUGACGCAAAUCGGCGCGGGCUUCGAGGUUUGGGGGUGGGAUGCGAUGUUGAGUUUCUACACCGAUAUGCUCACGGGCCCGGAGUGGCUUCAAGUGAUGGAUCACGCCUUUAUGAUGGAGCCGAUGUGGCUUUUUAUGUUUCACCUUGCCUACCUCGUCCACCUGCGGGAGGGGUUGCUCACCCUUCGCAGCGCCCACGAGGUGCUCGAGGAGCUUCGCCAGCCACAUUCGGGCGAUUUUUCCGUCAGCGCCGUGAUCGUGAUGGCCUACGAGAUGCUCCAGACGUGCCCGCGAAACGCCGAGUUUAUGAAGCCGUACUUCAUUUUUCAAGGGUGGGGCCCGAGCUACGAAUACCCGAACGAUUUCAUCUGCGAUGCCGAGGUCCUGGAGGCGAAGUCCAGCGAGAUCCACCUUCUCACGCAACGUGAGCACGAGAAGGCGAUCACGCAGGCUCGGCUUCUCGAGCUGCAGGAAGAAGCCGAGGCGGCGGCGCUUCACGAGGAGAUGCUCCUCCAUCGCGAGCGCGCGGUGAUCGCCGCGAAGUACGACUCCUCCGCGGACCUCUGGCGAUCCCGGGUGGAGCUCGAGCGGGCUCGGCAGGAGCGCAUCAAAAAAGAGCGCGAGCUGCGGCUUUUUAUCGUCGAUUCGAAGCUCGCGAGCGCGGAGCAGAUGGAGUCGUUGGAAGGGGAAAAACAGCAGGUCGAGCGGCAGUUGCGGGAUCGCUUUGUCGACGGCCUCAUGGCGGAGCAGGCGUGGGUGCUUGGCGAGCAGCUCACCGACCACGAGCUCGCGGAGUUGGAGAAGAACGCCGAGGCGCGUAUGAACGCGGCGCUGCAGAAACUCGUCGGGGCGGAUUCCAACGAGGGGGUGGAAAAGCCCCCCAUCGGGAUGGCUCGGCCUCCUCUUUCCGCUUCGUUUUCCUUUCCUCCAGGGGGGAAAGGCGAUUCUCGCGUGGGAUCCACCGUGGAGCUUCCGACGGGGCUGAUGUCGUCCGCCAACCUCCCUGUGGCCUCGUCGUUGACGGAGGAGGAGCCCUACGACGCGGGGAGGGGAGAUUUCACCGCCCUCCCCGCGACCUCCGAGGAAAAUUUCAUCCCCACGACGACCCCCUCCGGCGUGGAUGACGGGCCCUCCUUUCCAGCGCUCGCGGACGCUCCAGGAGAGGCGAAACGAGAGGCGCGUCCGAAUGACGAGGACCUCCGUGUGGCCCCUAAGGAGCCCGUGAAAAGCGCCGGCGCGAGCGAUGGGAGGCCGCGCUCGCGGUCUUUCCCCCAGACGAAUCCCCCCUCUCCGCCGGUCGGGAUGGCCUCGGAGAAACCGCCAUGCGGUCCUCCCGAGUGGGAAAAAGGGAGAUCGCCGCGCCACGCCGCCCCUCCCCCCCCCCCACGUCAUUUGGAGCCGUUUCAACCCUUCAGCGCGUGGUGUGAAAGUCGAACGACCCACGACCUCGCGAACUCCACCUCGGCGACGACGGCAUCGCUCUACGACUCCACCCAACAGCGCUAUCUCGCGAUGCAGCGACGCGCCAUCGGGGCGGAGAAAAAAGUGAGUUCCGCGAGCGGGCGAGGGGGAAGGGAAGGGGAAGGGAAAGGGAAAGGCGAUUCCGCCAGGGUGCGGCGUCCUCACGAGCCUGCGGAUCCCGAGGCCCCCAAGACGGAUCCCGCGUCAUCCGUCGCCUUCCCACGCCACGUCCCUCGCCCCGCGCUGUAUGAUAACAUGCCGCGAUCCACGCCGAUUCCCCCCCCGGCCAACCCUCAUUGGGCUUCCCCUGCGGUGGAGCGGAUGCGCGCGUUUUACGCCAGCCAUCCGCUCGAUUCCACGGGAAUUCCCUCCUCCUCAGCGGGGCUUCCCACCGCCUCGACCUCGAUUGCCACCUCGACGACCCUCCCGACGAAUACCACGACAAUCGCCCCCUCUUCUAGUCGUGUGGAAGGGAAGGGGAAGGGGAAAGGAGGGGGGGAGCGACCGAAGACGAGUUUGACGACUUAUGCAACGUCGAGUUUCUCCUCACGAGGAGAGACGACGUCGGCUGCCUCCGUGAUCGAUCGCCCGCAUCGCGAUAGCUACUACUUCCUGCCACCCCCAUCUCAGGGGGGGGGAGAGCCCGCAAGAGACGUUCGCUGA